CCCUUUCCGCUCGGGUAAAGCGAACUCCCAGAGCGUCUUCCGGCGGGAGCUGUAGGGCUCCUUACCAUGGGGACAAUUCAUCUCUUUCGAAAGCCGCAGAGAUCUUUUCUUGGAAAGUUACUACAGGAAUUUAGACUUGUAGCAGCUGACCGCAGGUCCUGGAAGAUCCUUCUCUUUGGUGCGGUCAACGUGCUGUGCACGGGCUUCCUGCUCAUGUGGUGCAGCUCUACGAACAGCAUCGCUUUAACUGCUUAUACUUACCUCACCAUUUUUGAUCUUUUUAGUCUAAUAACAUGUUUAAUAAGCUACUGGGUAAUGAUGAGGAAGCCUAGCCCUGUCUAUUCAUUUGGGUUUGAAAGAUUAGAAGUCCUGGCUGUGUUUGCGUCUACCGUCUUGGCACAGUUGGGAGCUCUCUUUAUACUAAAAGAAAGUGCAGAACGUUUUUUGGAGCAGCCUGAGAUACACACGGGAAGAUUAUUAGUUGGUACUUUUGUGGCUCUUUCUUUCAACCUGUUCACGAUGCUUUCUAUUCGGAAUAAGCCUUUUGCUUAUGUCUCUGAAGCUGCUAGUACGAGCUGGCUUCAAGAGCAUGUGGCAGACCUUAGUCGAAGUUUGUGUGGCAUUAUCCCAGGACUCAGCAGUAUCUUCCUGCCCCGUAUGAAUCCAUUUGUCCUGAUUGACCUUGCUGGGGCGUUUGCUCUGUGUAUAACAUACAUGCUGAUUGAAAUUAAUAAUUACUUUGCUGUAGACACCGCAUCUGCAAUAGCCAUUGCCCUGAUGACCUUCGGCACCAUGUAUCCCAUGAGUGUGUACAGUGGGAAAGCCCUUCUCCAGACUACACCACCUCAUGUUAUUGGUCAGUUGGACAAGCUGAUCAGAGAGGUAUCUACCUUGGAUGGCGUCUUAGAAGUCCGAAAUGAACACUUUUGGACCCUUGGAUUUGGCUCAUUGGCUGGAUCUGUCCAUGUAAGAAUCCGACGCGAUGCAAACGAACAGAUGGUUCUUGCUCAUGUGACCAACAGGCUGUACACACUUGUGUCUACCCUGACUGUUCAGAUUUUCAAGGAUGAUUGGGUGAGACCUGCCUUAAUGUCUGGGCCCGCGGCCCCCAGCGUCCUGCACUUCUCAGACCAUCACAUCAUCCCGAUGCCUCUGCUAAAGAGCACCGAUGCUGUGACCCCGGUCACAUCAACACCAGCCAAACCUAACAGCCCGCCUCCGGAGUUUGCCUUCAAUACCCCUGGGAAAAACGUGAGCCCGGUGAUUCUUCUGAACACACAGACAAGGCCAUAUGGUUUGGGUCUCAAUCGUGGACACACACCAUACAGCAGUGUGCUCAGCCAAGGACUCACAGUUCCAGGAUUUGGGGCAGGCCAGGGAUUGAGGCCGACCUUCCCACAUAUACCGAGUAGGUACGGAAACAACAGGACAGGACAGCCAAGACCUUGAAGGACUCUAACUUAUUUUUAUGGAGACUAUCGACUCCUUGGCUUCCAGUGUACUUAGUAACCCACCUUGCAUUGACUGUUCAACCAUUUGUCAGAUUAUUGCAG